AUGUCUGGAUCAGCCGCCCGUGUCGUACCCGUUGCCCUCGUCGGUCUCGGUGGAGUAGGAGCCGCCAUCCUCUCCCAACUCUCUUCCCCGCCCUUGGCACAAAAGUUCAAGGUCGUCGCCAUCGCCAACUCGAAAAAGUACCUCUUCAACAAGGACGGAGGGAUCAAGAGUGAUGGUUUCCUGGAACAGCUCAACAAGAGCGGGGUCGAGCUCGAUGUACCUGGGUUGAUCGGAAAGCUGUCGACUUUGGCGGAUGGACCUGCCAUCCUCAUCGACUCGACCGCUACCGAUACCUUACCCUCUCUCUACCCUACCAUCCUCGGGAUGAACAUCCACUUGGUCACCCCUAACAAGAAGGGUUUCUCUUCCGGCCUCGAGCUGUAUCAGAAGAUCCAGUCUGCGAGCUACCCGAAGACGGGAAGCCUCGUUUACGGAGAGAGCACCGUCGGAGCCGGGCUUCCUAUUCUCAGCAGUCUCAAGGAUUUGGUAGAGACCGGUGAUGAGAUCAUCAAGAUCGAGGGCGUCUUCUCCGGUACCUUGUCGUACAUCUUCAACGAGUUCAGCAAGGUCGAAGGUGGGGACGUCAAGUUCUCGGAGGUCGUCAAGAUCGCCAAAGACAAGGGAUACACUGAACCCGACCCAAGGGAUGACCUCUCCGGCUCAGACGUCGCUCGAAAACUGACCAUCCUCUCCCGUCUUCUCCCCGACUCGACCCUCCCUCACUCGACACUUCCCGAGGGAUACGCUUCCCUUCCUACCCGAUCGCUCGUCCCCGCCGCUCUAGCUGAGUGCAAGAGCAAAGAAGAAUACAUGGAGAGGCUCGAAGAGGGCGACGAGGAGAUGAGCCAGUUGAGGGAAGAGGCUAGGAAGGAGGGCAAGGUCGUCAGGUUUGUAGGGAUGAUCGACGUGAAAUCGGGCAAAGUCGAGGCCAAGCUGGAAAAGUACCCCUUCGAUCACGCUUUCGCCACCGCCCUCCAGGGAUCGGACAACAUCAUCUCUUUCACCACUAAGCGAUACUCGCCCCGACCCUUGAUCAUCCAGGGUUCGGGAGCCGGUGCCGACGUUACUGCCAUGGGAGUGACCAGCGACAUGGUCAAGAUUUACGAGCGAAUGAGGCUCAAAGCUUGGUAG